CAAUAUCUUACAUUGGCAAAUGAAAAUUCGUGAACUCCAAACUUAAAAGGAUGCACAGAGCUCAGAACCUUUCCAUGGCUUCCGUCAUUCUGUUCCUGUUUCUAUCUUUUACUUCAAUUUUCAAAGCCUUAGCUCAACAAAGAUACUCCAAUAUAAGCUUAGGAUCUUCCCUCACACCCACCACCAACUCCUCAUUGUUGUCACCUUCUGGUCUUUAUGCCUUUGGAUUUUACCCACAGGGCACUGGGUAUGCUAUCGGUGUCUUUAUUGCUGGAAUUCCUCAGAAGACGGUUGUCUGGACUGCCAACCGUGAUGAUCCACCAGUGGACAGCAAUGUUAACUUGCUCAUCAAUGAUGCUGGGUUAGUCUUGGAAGCGCAGGGCCAAACAACUACAGUUAUUUCUGCUCCCCAAUCAGCUUCUUCAGCUUCUUUGUUUGAUUCGGGCAAUUUUGUGCUCUACAAUUCUGAUCGUGAUAUUAUGUGGCAGAGUUUUGAUCACCCAACUGAUACCCUUUUGCCUACUCAACGUCUAGAAGCUGGUUCAGAGCUGGUUUCUGCUGUUUCAGAAACUAAUCACUCAACAGGAAUUUUCCGCCUCAGGAUGCAAACGGAUGGAAACCUCGUGCAGUAUCCGGUGGAAACCCCUGAAACUGCUCCAUAUUCUUAUUGGUCAUCCGGUACGGAUGGAAGUGGGAAUAACGUGACACUAAAUUUUGAUUAUGAUGGCCGUCUCUACCUGCUCAAUUCCACCGGUUUCAACAUAAGAGAAAUCACUCCAGGAGGGUAUCCCACAAAAGAAACAAUUUUUGUUAUGAGAAUUGAUUUUGAUGGGAUAUUCAGAUUGUACUCGUACAAUCUGAAACAGAAUGGAAAUUCUUCAGUUUUGAAAGAAUCCACAACUAAUAAGUGCGAACCCAAGGGACUAUGCGGUCUUAAUAGCUAUUGCGCUUUAAAUGAUUUGGAACCUAAAUGUAUAUGUCUUCCAGGAUUUGCAUCUGUUAAUCCGGGGGAUCGGACUGCUGGAUGUGAGAGGAAUUUCACAGCUGAAAGUUGCAAAGAAGAUCAUAAAAGCAUCAGAAUUCAAGAAGUUCUUAGCACCGCAUGGGAAGAUGUAUCAUACUCCGUUCUCUCAUUAUCUAUCAAGGGAGAGUGCGAGCAAGCAUGUCUGCAGGAUUGCAACUGUGAUGCUGCGUUUUACAAAGACGGUCUGUGCAAAAAGCAAAAGCUGCCUUUGAGAUAUGGGAGAAGAAACCCGGAUGAGUCAAACUCAGCUUUGAUCAAGGUUAAAUCUACAUCAAUCAGGACCAAUACAGACAGAAACGAGCCUGCAGUAGAUAAAAAGAAAAGUGAUCAGCUUGGCAGGGGCGUCCUAAUCGUUGGCAUUUCAGUUGGUGCUUUUGGGCUUGUUACGUUGGCAAUUUCUGGCAUUCUGUUUCAUAAAUAUCGUGUGUGGGCAUACAAAAGGAUCUCUGAAAAAGACCACAUUGGAUUAAGUGAGGAAGUUGCUCCUCGAUCCUUUACCUUUGAAGAACUAGAGAGAGUGACAGAUGGUUUCAAGGAAGAAAUUGGCAGAGGUUCAUUUGGGACUGUUUAUAAAGGGCUAAUAUCGAGCACCCAGAAAGUUGCAGCUGUGAAGAGACUAGAAGGAGCUGCAUCUCAAGGGGAACGAGAAUUCCAAACUGAAGUGAAGGUUAUUGGGAAAACACAUCACAAGAGCCUAGUCCGCCUUCUUGGUUAUUGCAAUGAGGGGCCUAACAGGCUCUUGGUAUACGAGUACAUGAGAAAUGGGUCACUUGCUGAUGUAAUCUUCUCUCCUGAAAGCAGACCUUGUUUUGGAGAAAGAGUGGAGAUCGCCCGGAACAUAGCAAGGGGCAUCCUCUAUCUACAUGAAGAGUGCGAGACGCAAAUCAUCCACUGUGAUAUAAAACCAGAGAACAUACUAAUGGAUGAAUGCUGGUGUCCAAAAAUUUCCGACUUCGGAUUGGCAAAGCUGUUGAAGCCGGAACAAACAAAAACCUUCACAGGAAUUAGAGGAACUAGAGGAUAUGUUGCACCAGAAUGGCAUCGCAAGCUUCCUGUUACAGUUAAAGCUGACGUUUAUAGUUUUGGAAUUGUGUUAUUGGAGAUCACAUGUUGCAGAAGGAAUGUGGAUCAAAAUCUUCCAGAGAUUGAAUCCAUUCUUGUGGAUUGGGUUUACCAUUGUUUUGAGAGUGGUGAAAUAGAUAAAUUGGUUAGUGAAGAGGAAGUGGACAAGAGACAAAUGGAUAGAAUGAUCAAAGUGGGGCUUUGGUGCACUCUGGAUGAACCAUCUCUUCGCCCUUCCAUGAAAAAGGUUCUACUGAUGUUGGAAGGGACAGUAGACAUCCCAAUACCUCCAAGUCCUACUUCUUUUCUUAGUGCCAUUUAAGUUUGAGAUUAUAAUUUUUGCCUAGUAGAGUUCAGCGUAGUGAGACUUAAAUUUGAUUUUGUCAGAUAAGUGAUAUGCUUUCAGUCAUUGAAUUAAUAAAAUUAAAAAGAUUAUUCCA